AUGUCCUUCAGCUCGCCCAAGUGCCAGACUGGAGCAGGACGCCUUUUGCGGUCAGAUCGCCCCCCAUCUCGCAGCCUAAGGGUCACAGACCCGCCCGCCCCCGCUUCGCGAGCUCAGGAGAGAGCGAGUGUCCUAGGGGGCAGCUCCUUACAGUGGCUGAGCUCUGGGAGGCCGACGCAGCCGGAUCCCCCACCCCGAGCACACGCGGAGAUCGCAGGGCAGGGGGGAGAAAAGGCUCCGCCGCCCCGACCCCACAUUAUCGGUCACCUCAAGCCGCCAAGCACGGGCCGCCCGCCCGCCCGCCCACAUCGGGCAGAGGACCCCCCCAGGAGAGGGGGCUCGGAUACCCGCCGGAGUAAACCAGCCCCCGCCUUCCCCCAGCCGGAUCCGGGCGGAAAGUUCCUCGUCUUCCCGACCCGACCCGGCGCCCUGGGCAGGGGCGUCCCGGAGGAACCGCCUCGGGGGCGGCGGGAGCUGCAUCCCCUCCCCUCGGCGGCACCUGUUCCCAUCACCCCGCUCCGCAAUGGAAGUUACCCGGGGAGACGGAGCCAGCCAAGCGCCACUGCCUCCGUCGUGCGGGAUCCUGGGGCGGGCGGAGCCCCGAGCACCAUCGCGUGGGACUCACCGCCGCGCUCUCCCGCGCUGCUCCGUGGCCGGCCCGGCCCGUCGGGGCCCAGGGCAGCCGGAGGCCCCGGCCGGGAUGGAAUCCAGCAGCUGGACCCCCCCCUGGGGCGCCCGAGUCCCGGGCUCCACGCUGCUGCGUCAGCGCCGCCGCCGCCGCCUCCCCCUCCUCCGGAGCCUCCCGGCUGCGGGAUGGGGAUGGGGGGGGGCCCCCCGGGGCGUCGCGAUCAGUCUCCUCCCUCCCGCCGCGGCCGCCCAGCGCACACAGGCCGGGAGCAGGCGGCCACUACGGCUGGGACAAGAGGCUCCUCCGCCGCUGCCGCUCGGCUCGAACUCCCCGAAAGCAGCAAGCCCCUCCGUCCUCCUUCCUGCUUCCUCGUCCGCAGCCAAUCAGCGCCCUCCCCACCAGGCCGCUUCUCCACAGCCGCCAAUCACACGGGCCCCUGCUAG